AUGUCAACAUUCGGCGGACCCGGCGGACGUCAAGUCAUCGCGAAACCCACACCACCUGAGCGCGGCUCCUUCCCUCUCGACCACGAUGCCGAGUGCCAACACAUCAUGAAGUCGUACUUGCGCUGCCUACGCGCCCACCGAGGAAUGAACGACGACGAGUGCCGCAUGCUGAGCAAGAUUUACCUCCAAUGUCGCAUGGACAACAACCUCAUGGCGCCUGACGAGAUGAAGAAUCUGGGUUAUGACAACACGCCACAGGCUUUGGCCGCCGCUGCUGCUGCUGGACAUGCUCCGUCAAACAAUGCGACAACAGCGAAUAAGACGCCAGAAGGUGGCAACAAGUAA